AUGCCUUGUGUGACAGGCUUGGACUGCCCGGCGCUCGCCACGCUCCAGGGCCUUCGGUCCGGCAGUUCGAACCUUGGCCCAGAGUUUGUGGCGAGGGUCCUUCCCGGAUUCUACAGCAGCAUGGCGGAGCCGCUGGACCUCUAUCGCUGCGUCGAGGCUGCUGCAGGCAACCGCUGUCCGGGUGGCAUCCCUGCAACUUGCACGGGACUACUGAACAACAGGGCCUGCACCGAUUGCCCCAGCAGGAGGCACUGGAACAGGUCUGAGGGACACUGCGAGGAGUGCACGCCCUGGCAGCAACUGGGCUGGAUCCUCGCAGCCGCAGUGAUGUUAGCUGGCCUGGUGAUGGUCUACUACAUGAUGACUGCUCAAACAACGGCCAAGGCUUCGGUGAAAGACACAGCGACAUGUGCAUUCGGCAUGACCAUCUCGUCGCUACAAUCCGUCGGCAUCAUUGGGACGAUGACCGUUCAAGUUCCCGAAGGUUUGAAAGCCCUCUUUGCAUUUCUUCAGGUCUUUCUGCUGGACUCUGAUGAUAACUUUGCUUUCAGCUGCGUCGCAAGUGGUUCGGCCCCUGCUCGUUACGUUGUGUCGGUUCUUGUCUUCCCGGGUGCCGUAUGCUGGCUCUUGUGCUGCCACUACGCAUCCAAGCUCCUCCCCAAGAGGCUGCGGUGGGAAGGCCCCAAGACGACGAACACGAUAGGGGCCUUGCUUCAGCUUGCAUUCAGCACGAUGAGUACCAUUUCCAUGGCACCGAUGAUGUGCUUCAGUCACCCGAGUGGCGUCUUCAGCCUCUUGAAGUACCCCAGCAUCACUUGCGGCACGGAGGACCAC